AUGGCGUCAUCAUCGGAUCUUUCCACGCUCUUUGCGAAAGCUGGAGUGCCUGCUUUCAAAUGUCCUGCUGGCACCAAGAUGCACUUUCUUGAUUUGGGAACGUUACAGGCGGACGAGGGUUGGCUCCUUCGUGGCGGAAAUACCAGCACCGUGAGCGACAAGAACCCAGAGAACAAGAGACGCGACUUGAUUAUUCUUGCUGCACUGAUCGAGUAUCCCGGCGUCGGGCUGAUUUUGUUCGAGACAGGAUGUGCGGAGGACUUGAAGAUAGCAUGGCCGGCUCCGUUGACUGAUGUCUUCCCUCGGACUGUAUACAGCGAGAAUCAGAAACUCCCAGCGGCGAUCAAGGCUACAGGGAAUGACAUCAAGGAUGUCAAGGCUGUAGUCAUUGGUCAUCUUCAUCUUGAUCACGCUGGCGGGUUAGAGCACUUCAUGGACACGGAUGUACCGAUUUAUGUCCAUGAAGAGGAGUUCAAGCAUGCUUGUUGGGCGGUUGGAACCGGAGCUGACCUCGGCGUAUACCUACCUGGUUAUAUGAGUCUUGACAAGCUGAAAUGGAACACCUUCACGGAGGACCAUCUGGACCUAUACCAGGGUAUUACACUUCAUCACAGCCCAGGACAUACACCAGGCCUGGUGGUGAUGCAGCUGAAUCUGGAAAACAGCGGGACUUGGAUUUGGACGACUGACCAGUUCCACAUCGCAGAGAACUACGAAUUGAGUCAUCCGCACGGUUGGUUAGCUCGAGAUCACAACGCGUGGAUCAAGUCCCUGAAGAUGAUACAACGAUUGCAACGAUUGUUUGAUGCCAAGUUAGUAUUCGGCCAUGACAAGGAUGUAGCAGCCAAGUAUAUGGGCAAGAGCUAUGAUUGA